AGACCAGCCCAGGAUUUUGGGGUGGGGAUCCUGACUGGUUAUACGUACCUUCAGUCCUUCCUUCAGAGGAAGGCAGAAACAUCUCAAAGCCUGCAUGUAAGAACAUCUACCGAGACCUUUUUUUUUUUUUCAAUUAGGCUCCAGAAGAGGGGGGGUGAGAAGGAAAAGAAACAGAAAUCAAAAAUAUAACUCCCUGAGACUUGGAUGUAAAAACAAUCGGAAGCGAUGGACUGGUUCCUGUACAGAACCGCUGCUGUUCUGCUCAUUUUAGGGGUGGUGGUGGUGGUGGAGAUUAACAGUGAAUUUCGAGUUCAGGUAAGAGACUAUAACAGCAAAAAUGGCACUGUAAAAUGGCAUUCCAUCAGAAGGCAAAAGCGGGAAUGGAUCAAAUUUGCAGCAGCUUGUCGAGAAGGUGAAGAUAACUCCAAGAGGAACCCAAUUGCUAAAAUUCACUCAGACUGUGCCAAAGACCAGGAAAUUACAUAUCGCAUUUCUGGAGUGGGAAUUGAUCAGCCCCCUUAUGGAGUCUUUAUUGUUAAUCCCAAAACGGGUGAAAUUAAUAUAACAUCAAUAGUUGAUAGAGAGAUCACCCCAUAUUUCAUCAUCUAUUGCCGAGCUCUGAAUAAGCAAGGUCAAGAUAUGGAAAGGAUUCUAGAGCUCAGGGUCAGAGUUCUAGAUAUAAAUGACAAUCCACCAGUAUUUUCAAUGACUGAAUUUGUGGGAAGUAUAGAAGAAAAUAGUUUUGCAAACACUCUGGUGAUGGUGAUAAAUGCUACUGAUGCUGAUGAACCAAAUAACCUGAAUUCCAAAAUCGCUUUCAAAAUUGUAAGCCAGGAGCCUGCAGAUUCACCAAUGUUUCUUAUGAACAGAUAUACAGGAGAAAUUCGCACCAUGAAUGCUUUUCUGGACCGAGAGAAAUAUGCGACAUAUAAUCUUGUCAUAAGAGGCUCUGACAGGGAUGGAGCUGCAGAUGGAUUGUCAGCACAAAGUGACUGCAAAAUCGCAAUUUUAGAUGUCAAUGAUAAUAUUCCAACGUUGGAACUGCCCACUUACUCUAUUUCUAUCCAAGAGAAUAUGAUUAGCCAAGAAGUGACUCGGAUCAGAGUAAUUGAUUACGACGAAGAGGGAACAGACAACUGGCGUGCAGUCUUCUUCUUUGUAUCAGGAAAUGAGGGAGGCUGGUUUAAUAUAAUAACGGAUGAAACGUCUAAUGAAGGCAUUUUCCAAAUUGUGAAGCCUCUCGAUUAUGAAAUGAUACAGAACCUGCAGCUUAGCAUUGCUGUUAAAAACGUAGCUGAAUUCCAUCAUUCAAUUAUAUCUCAAUAUAAAAUGCAAGCAACUAUCAUCUCAGUAACUAUAGAAAAUAUGGUAGAAGGAUCAGUAUUUGCUCCAGCUUCUAAGACUUUCAUCAUAACUAAAAAUAUGGGGAAAAAUGAUGUCAUUGGAUCAAUGAUAGCAACUGAUUUAGACACACAAGGACCUUCAAAAACAGUCAGAUACAUAAUGGGGAUGAAUCCUGGUGAUUUUCUAGCAAUCAAUGAAAGAAGUGGCCAACUUAUCAUGAAAAGUGAAAUGACCAGGGAUUUAUAUAUACGGCUUGGAGGACAGUAUCAAGGAACUAUUCUAUCCAUAGAUGAUAAUCUCCAAAGAACGUGUACUGGCACCAUUAUUCUUGAUUUGAGCAGUUUUGAAUAUCUGGUCCAUGAAACAAGCACUGGUCCGAACACAGGAGGCACGGGUGGAAGUAGCACUAGUGGUGGAGAUGACAAAGAAGGCACUGGACCUGGAACAGAUGGAGAUGAGUAUGAAACUACCUCGAGUGGCGUGUAUUCUGAUCCUUCAACUGUAGGAAGAGAAGUACCAGGCCUCGGCCUCGAUAACUUUCCUGGAGAUAAUGUGCAUCUUGGUCCUGCCGGCAUUGGACUACUUGUCAUGGGAGCCUUGGUACUUUUAUUGGUUCCACUCUUGCUGACAGUAUGUGGCUGUGGGGGUCCCAGUGGUGUGGGAGGAGGCUUUGAGCCUGUUCCAGAGUGUUCAGAAGGUGCUAUCCAAACAUGGGCACUAGAAGAACCCCAGCCAAUAACCAACAUCUGUAUCCCAGUUAUGCCAGUGACAGUGCCACCGGACGGCCGGGGCCAUACAGAUUCAGCUGACUGCAUUAACACUGCUAGGGUUUAUACAAAUGAAUAUGAAGAAAGAGAAAUGACAGAUCUAGGAGAAAUAGGAAUGGGAACAUCAGGAUUUGAAGUCUCAAAUGGAACAAAAACAUGUGCAGUACCUGAAGUAUGUAAUGGCUAUUCUGGCACAUUAAGAAGGAAUUCCAUGAGAGAAUGUAGAGAAGGUGGCCUGAAUAUGAACUUUAUGGAGAGCUACUUCUGUCAGAAAGCAUUUGCCUAUGCUGAUGAAGAUGAAAGUAGACCAUCAAAUGAUUGUUUACUUAUCUAUGAUAUUGAAGGGGUUGGCUCUUCUGCUGGCUCUAUUGGUUGUUGUAGUUUCAUUGGAGAAGAUCUGGAUGACAGCUUCUUGGAUAACUUGGGGCCAAAGUUUAAGAAAUUGGCAGACAUUAGCCUGGGAAAAGAAAUUGAUUCCUAUCCAGAAGUCGAUCAUACUUGGCCACCAGAGAGCACCGAACCCAGUUGUCCUCCUCAAGGAAUCGAUGUUUCUGUUGUUGGACACCCACCAAUGUCUCCACAUUUUGGUACCACAAUAGUUUCUGAGAGCACCUAUCCAUCUGGACCCAGCGUUCAGCAAUCUGUACCCAUACCUGACCCUCUGGGCUACGGAAAUGUUACAGUGACUGAGUCAUAUACCACCACUGGGUCCCUGCAACCCCCAGUACAUAUUCAUGAUCCUCGGCAUGGCUCAAAUGUUGUGGUAACAGAAAGGGUAGUGGGACCCAUCUCUGGCUCAGAUCUCCAGGGCAUGUUAGAUCUAACUGAUUUCAGAGAAGGGUCCAAUGUUGUAGUGACAGAGAGGGUAAUUGCACCAAAUUCAAGACUACCUACCUCCCUGAGUAUCCCUGACCCCAGAGAUUCAUCAAAUGUGGUAGUGACCGAAAGGGUAAUUAGACCAAGUUCUGGCCUGAUGGGCAAUCUAAGUAUUCAUCCUGACUUAUCCAAUGCCCAUAAUGUGGUUGUAACAGAGAGAGUUGUUUCUGGCACUGGAGUAACUGGAAUCAGUGGUGGUGGUGGUGGUGGUGGUAUGGUUGGCACCAAUGUGAGCAGAGGUGCCAUUAGCAUGAGUGGGGCAGGUGUCAGCAUGAGUGGAGGAGGAAUGGCUUUGAGUGGAUCUGGCUUAAGUGGGGGCAGCAUUGAAAUGAGCAGCCUCGGAGCUGGGGGAGGUGGCCUGGGUAGCAUUGGCCUGAACACUGGUGGCAUAAGUGGCAGUUCUACACUUGGCCAUGUAAGGAAUUCUGAGCUUUUUAACCAGACCAUUGGAUCAGCCUCCCCCAGUACAACUCGAAGCCGGAUCACAAAGUAUAGUACCAUACAAUACUCAAAGUAGUGAAUGUACCUGAACCUUUUUCUGUGGCAAUCAUGCCAAAACUUUAGCUAUUUCACCCCAUACCAAAAUAGUAUAUCAAGGCUAUUUAUAAUGCACAUCUAGAUACUAAAAUUGUAGUGAAGUGUAAUGGGGUGACCCUAUAGUAUUAUAAUAUAAGAGGAAGAUCCUUUGCAUUGUCAUUAGGAAGGCCUCUCCUGGGUACAACUCAGCCAUUUCUUCCAUUAGUAUUGAUAAAAAGCUAAAAGUGGAAUAAAAAAGAGGUAGAUGUUGCAUUCAUCUAUACAUGACUUGGGACAUAUUCCAAGUUGGGAGUAAAGUCCCACAAAGGCCCCAGUCAUAGAACAUCAUCUUCUUUGUGCUUGGGGUUUUCAUUGGUUAGCUUGCUCUGGAUUGAAUUGCCUGCCAUAUUGCUCUGCUAAAAGGGUACUUGUACCAUGCUCAUGCAUUUGGGAAGAAUUUAAAAUGUGUACCAAGUAACAUUUUGCUUUCAUAGAUAAUAUAUAUGGGAUACUUAAACUUGAGUAAGAGUUAACCACUGGGUGAUUAUUUUGGAUUUUUAUCUAAUAUCUAUUUCAAGGACUCCCUAAAUCUCCCCAACUCAAUGGUAAAAAGGGGGGGGGGCUUUAAAUUGGAAAAUGGACCCUGGAAAGGAAAAACUGUAUAAGGAAGUGGCAAUAAGAAAUGGAUAUUUCAGAGCAAACCUGUCCACGUUGCUGGAAUAUAGGACAAAGAGGAGUCUACAAGGCACCCUACAUCUUGGUAUAAUUUCCUCUGAAGUCCUCAGAACCAUAAGAACCAAAAGAAAGCACAACAUUCCAUGGCUGGUGACGAGCAGUAAGAAUGGUCAUGAUUUCUUUUGUAUACUCUGCCUGUCAUGGUGAAGGCUGUUCAUGUUACAGAGUGAUGGAGCCACAAGACUCUAGACAUGUGUCUUUCUUCAAUUCCUUCUCCUAUCCACCACUGUUUGUGAUAUGACAGAAACAAAAAAAACAAAAA